AACAGCAGUCCUGUCUCAGAGGAACAUUGGUUAGUGGCCAAACAGCAGUCCUGUCUCAGAGGAACAUUGGUUAGUGGCCAAACAGCAGUCCUGUCUCAGAGGAACAUUGGUUAGUGGCCAAACAGCAGUCCUGUCUCAGAGGAACAUUAGUUAGUGGCCAAACAGCAGUCCUGUCUCAGUGGUCUUUCUUGACCUUUACUGGUGUCUACUGGUCUACCUUGUUCUCUACUUGUGUCUUCUGGUCUAUCUUGGCUUCUGUUGACUUCUACUGGUCUAUAUUGGCUUCUGUUGGCCUCUACUGGUCUAUAUUGAGCUUUACUGGUCUCUUCUGGUCUCUACUGUUCUCUCCUGGUCUCUUCUGGUCUAUUCUGUUCUCUACUGGUCUCUACUGGUCUCUUCUAUUCUCUACUGGUCUACUGGUCUCUACUGGUUUCUUCUGUUGUCUACUGGUCUCUUCUGUUGUCUUCUGUUGUCUUCUGUUGUCUACUGGUUUCUUCUGUUGUCUACUGGUCUCUCUGUUCUCUCUGUUCUUUACUGGUCUACUAGUCUCUUCUGGUCUAUAUUGGUCUCUAAUGACAAUCUACAUGUGCUUGUGCUCUUAAUGUGUCUCUAACCUCUAACCCAGACAGGUGUGGAGAAGCUGACCUGGAGGGACCGUCUGCCUGGAUACCUCAUCAACAUCUCCUCCAUCCUCUUUAUGUUUGGGCUGACGUUCUCUGCGGUUUUCGGUGUGAUCGUGUAUCGUAUCGUCGUUUCCGCUCUAAUGGCGAUGUCACCUGACCCGGAGACCAAGUCUAACGUGCGUGUCACCGUCACGGCAACCGCUGUCAUCAUCAACCUGGUGGUCAUUCUGAUACUGGAUGAGAUCUACGGAGCUGUGGCCGUCUGGCUCACUGAGCUGGAGAUUCCAAGGACAGAGAGUAACUUUGAGCAGCAUCUGAUUCUGAAGGCUUUCCUACUGAAGUUCAUGAACGCCUACGCCCCCAUCUUCUAUGUAGCUUUCUUUAAGGGACGGUUUGCAGGCAGGCCGGGAGACUACGUCUAUGUUUUUAAUGACUACCGGAUGGAGGAGUGUGCCCCUGGAGGUUGUUUAAUAGAGCUAUGUAUUCAGCUCAGCAUCAUCAUGGUGGGAAAACAACUCAUUCAGAACAACGUCUUUGAGAUUGGCAUCCCUAAGUUGAAGAAGUUGAUCCGAGCAUGGAAGGGUAAGGGGAUUUCAUUGGAGGAGAGAGAGGAGCAGCGUGCCAGACCUCCUCAACAGUGGAACCUCGACUACACCCUGGUCCCCUUCGAAGGACUGACCCCCGAGUACAUGGAGAUGAUUAUCCAGUUUGGUUUUGUUUCUCUGUUUGUCGCGUCGUUCCCUCUGGCUCCUCUCUUCGCUCUUCUCAACAACGUGAUCGAGAUCCGCCUCGAUGCCAAGAAGUUUGUCACCGAGCUGCGACGACCGGACGCUGUCCAAGCCAAAGACAUCGGAAUCUGGUACAACAUCCUGAGUGGAAUGGGAAAGUUCUCUGUCAUUAUAAAUGCGUUUGUGAUCUCGUUUACGUCAGACUUCAUUCCCAGGCUGGUGUACCAGUACAUGUACAGUCAGACAGGCACCAUGCACGGCUUCAUAGACCACACCCUCUCUCACUUCAACGUGUCCAACUUCAGACCCGGCAACGCCCCCACCUCCUCAUACCUCCCUGAGACCACCGUCUGCAGGUAUAAGGACUACAGAGAGCCUCCUUGGUCAGCCGAAGCCUACCAGUUCUCUAAAACCUACUGGGCCGUCCUUGCUGCCAGACUGGCCUUCGUCAUCCUGUUCCAGAACCUGGUGAUGUUCCUGAGCCUGCUGGUUGCCUGGCUGAUCCCAGACGUACCGAAGAACAUCAGUGAGCAGCUGAAGAGAGAGAAGACUCUGCUGGUGGACGUGUUCCUCCGGGAGGAGAAGGAGAAGUUCCACCUCCUCCAGAGCCUCUUCUCCUCCAAGGACCAGCCCAGCCAGGGUCACCCCAACACGGCCCACUUCCGUACUCUACCCCUAGGCCUCUCUCAGGGCCUAGGCCAGCCCCCGGGCGGAGAGGGAGGGGAAACCCGGGCGAGAUGCAGGGCUGCCAGUUUCAGCCAGUUCACCAGACAGAUGUCCAUGUCUCCUAGCAACAACGCAGGCCGACAGAUGUCCAUGUCUCCUAGCAACGACGCAGCCCGACACACAGCGGUCUGACACGCUACUGUAGCGGUUGGAUACAAACGUUCUUUAUCCCCACGGGAGAAGUUCAGACACUAGUGUGGUAACUACAUGGAGUCUGAAUGCUCCUCUGUGGUCUCUCACCCAUGUAGACUUGGUGUUCUCUUUCUGAAGCAGUGUGAUGAUGGAACAUACUGAUCAUGGACUUGUUCUUCCGGCCAGGUAUAAUCUACGUAUUCUUGACCAUUGUAUGUUAAUUAAUCUGCAUGAUGAGAAGUGACUGUAUAGUUCCCCUAAGGAAAAACACCUUCAGCCUGACGGUCUUCUCUGAGAGAGCUUCCCAUGUCUGGGACACACAUGGAGCUGCUGUUUACCUUCACCAAUAACCUAAAGACAUGGCUAACGGACAGUCAGGUGUGUCAACACCAUCCCCCAGCUGUGUAGACCUGCUUUCCAUGCUGUCUGCUAUACAGUCAGGUGUGUCAACACCAUCCCCCAGCUGUGUAGACCUGCUUUCCAUGCUGUCUGCUAUACAGUCAGGUGUGUCAACACCAUCCCCCAGCUGUGUAGACCUGCUUUCCAUGCUGUCUGCUAUACAGUCAGGUGUGUCAACACCAUCCCCCAGCUGUGUAGACCUGCUUUCCAUGCUGUCUGCUAUUCGGUCAGGUGUGUCAACACCAUCCCCCAGCUGUGUAGACCUGCUUUCCAUGCUGUCUGCUAUACAGUCAGGUGUGUCAACACCAUCCCCCAGCUGUGUAGACCUGCUUUCCAUGCUGUCUGCUAUACAGUCAGGUGUGUCAACACCAUCCCCCAGCUGUGUAGACCUGCUUUCCAUGCUGUCUGCUAUACAGUCUUGGCUCGUUUUCUGUCAUGCUGUUUGGUUGCUUUUUGUGUUGUUGUUCUGCCUGUCUGUGUUACUGGUCAUAUGUUGGUCUGUCUGUGUGUUACUGGUUAUAUGUUGCUCUGUCUGUCUGUGUCUCUGUCUGCCUGUGUUACUGGUUAUAUGUUGUUCUGUCUGUCUGCCUGUGUUACUGGUUAUAUGUUGCUCUGUCUGUGUGUUACUGGUUAUAUGUUGCUCUGUCUGUGUUACUGGUUAUAUGUUGCUCUGUCUGU